AGUUCCCGGCGGAGCGCGGCCCCAGCGCGGCUCGACUCCGCUGUGCUCCCGCGGGGUCCGCUCGCCCCCGCGCCCGGCCAUGGCGCGCUGAGCGCCGCGGAGCCGCCAGCCCGGGGCCGGCCGGGCAGCCGGCAGGACGGAGCCGGCACGCGGCGGGCGGCGGCGGCGGGCGGAGGCGCCAUGGAGCCGGCGGAGGUGAAGGACCGCAUCCUGGAGAACAUCUCCCUCUCCGUCAAGAAGCUGCAGAGCUACUUUGCUGCCUGUGAAGAUGAGACACCGGCCAUCAGAAACCACGACAAGGUCCUGCAGCGGCUCUGUGAACACCUGGACCACGCUCUGCUCUACGGACUGCAGGAUCUUUCCUCGGGGUACUGGGUGCUGGUGGUUCACUUCACGCGCCGGGAAGCCAUCAAACAGAUCGAGGUGCUGCAGCACGUGGCCACCAACCUGGGACGCAGCCGGGCCUGGCUAUACCUUGCCCUCAAUGAAAAUUCCUUGGAGAGCUACUUGAGACUGUUCCAGGAGAACCUCAGCCUGCUGCACAAGUACUAUGUCAAGAACGCCCUGGUCUGCAGUCACGACCAUCUGACCUUGUUCUUAACACUGGUGUCUGGGCUGGAGUUCAUCCGCUUUGACUUGGACCUGGAUGCUCCGUACCUGGAUCUGGCCCCGUACAUGCCGGAUUACUACAAACCUCAGCACCUGCUGGACUUCGAGGAGCGCCUGCCCAGCUCCGUGCACGGCUCCGACAGCCUCUCCCUCAACUCCUUCAACUCUGUCACCUCCACCAACCUGGAAUGGGACGACAGUGCCAUUGCUCCAUCCAGUGAGGAUUAUGAUUUUGGAGAUGUCUUUCCAGCAAUGCAGACCAUGCCCAGCAGAGACUGGGAAGACGGGGACCUGACGGACACGCUCAGCUGCCCGCGCUCCGCGGCCUCGGAGGCCAACGGCGGCCGGGCCGCGGCCAGGAGCCCCACGCAGCGCCACAACCCCUUCAACCAGGACAGGGCCGAGGCGCCGUCCUCCACCGACACCACGCCGGUGCACGCUGCUUCCCGGGACAAGGCGGAGGCCACCCCCGAGGGAACGGACCAGUCCGAGAGCUGCACGGAGCUGGAGGUCAUCAGGUUAGCCAAGAAGAAGAAGACAGGCAAGAAGAAGAAGGUGAAGCCUGAGGAGGCGGUGAACAACCCGGCGCUCGCAGCGCCCGAGGCCAGCGGGGACAGCGGCGUCAACGGGCUCAGCGACAGGGAGGAGCCGCCGAGGGACGGGGAGGGGGACAGGGAGGAGCCGCCGAGGGACGGGGGCUCCGCUGCCCCGGGCGGGCCCGAGGAGGGCGGGGAGCGCGCUGCCCUCGGCCCGCUGGCCCUGCGCAUCCCCGAGAUGAAGGACACGUCCAUGGAGAGCCUGGGGCAGCCCCUGAGCAAGGUGAUGGACAGGCUCAACGGGCAGCUGGACCCCGGGGGCUGGAACACCGCCCUGGAGCCCCCCGGGCAGCCCUUUCGGACCGGCACGCCAGGGGAGACCCCGGAUGGAUCGUCCUCUGGCGACUUUAGCGAGGGGAUUUCAGCCCCCAUGGACUUCUACCGAUUUACCGUCGAGAGUCCAAACGCUGCUGCACCAGGUGGUGGCCACCAUGACCCUCCAGGGCCUGGCCAACCGCCACAUGUUUCUGGUAGCCCUGAGGCUCCUGAAGAAGAAGAAAGCAAAGAGGGAGAAGCAGUUGGGGCAGUAGAGUCUGAAAGGGCGAGUGAUGAACCUCAGACUAGCCAGACAGAAACCACCGACGCACAGGCUCUCUGUGAGCCCAAGAAGGAGCAGCCCAGCCCUUCCCCAAGCAGCGCUGAGGACUCUGGGGUGGAGGAAGGGCAGGGCAGCCCCUCGGAGCUGACCCAUCCCUCCGAGUUCAGGGUGGAUAACAACCAUCUCCUCCUGCUGAUGAUCCACGUCUUUCGGGAGAACGAGGAGCAGUUGUUCAGGAUGAUCCGAAUGAGCACGGGGCACAUGGAAGGGAACCUGCAGCUGAUCUAUGUCCUGCUGACAGAUUGCUAUGUGUACCUGAUCCGGAAAGGGGCAGCGGAGAAGCCCUACAUGGUGGAGGAGGCCGUGUCCUACAACGAGCUGGAUUACAUCUCGGUUGGGCUGGAUCAGCAGACAGUGACCCUGGUGUGCACCAACCGGAGGAAGCAGUUCCUGCUGGACACUGCCGACGUGGCUCUCACCGAGUUCUUCCUGGUCUCCUUGAAGUCAGCCAUGAUCAAAGGGUGCCGGGAGCCCCCUUAUCCCAGUAUCCUCACAGAUGCCACCAUGGAGAAAUUGGCACUUGCCAAGUUUGUGGCACAGGAGUCCAAGUGUGAGGCCUGCAAUGUGGUUGUGCGUUUCUACGGCCUCGUUCACUGGGAGGACCCCAUGGAUGAGGCGCUGGGAGCCGCCAGCAGCAGCUCCUCUGCGGAGCACGCCGUCACCAAGGACGGCGUGCUGCACUACAAGGCAGGCACCUCCUACCUGGGCAAGGAGCAGUGGAAGCCCUGCUUCGUGGUGCUCAGCAAUGGGAUCUUGUACCAGUACCCAGACCGCACGGACGUCACCCCUCUGCUCUCCAUCAACAUGGGCGGCGAGCAGUGUGGGGGAUGCCGGCGUUCCAACACCACCGACCGGCCCCACUCCUUCCAGGUGAUCCUGACGGACCGGCCCUCCCUGGAGCUGAGUGCUGACAACGAGGAGGACAUGGCAGACUGGAUGCAGUACUUCUGCCAGGCUGUCUCCAAAGGGGUGAUCCCCCAGGGUGUUGCCCCAACGCCGUGCGUUCCCUGCUGCCUGGUGCUGACAGAUGACAAGGCUUUCACGUGCCACGAGGACUGCCAGACCAGCUUCUUCCGCUCGCUGGGCACUGCGGAGCUGACCGACAUCACCGCUGUCUCCACGGAGGCUGGCAAGGAGUACUGCAUCCUGGAGUUUGCUCAGGACAGCAAGGAGUUCCUGCCCCCCUGGGUCCUUUAUUUUAGUUGCACUACGGAACUGGAGAGGUUCCUGUCAGCACUGAACGUCGCAUGGAGGAACAUCUACCAGGUCGAUCUCCAGCACAAGGCCAUUCUGGAUGCUGCUGUGAAGAAGAAAUGUGAGGAUGCCCAGAGCCUCAUCGACAGCGCCUGGCAGCGCAGCGACAGCCUCUGCCGGGGACGGGCCGAGCGGGACCCCUGGUGCUAGCCCUGCCCAGGGGAGGACAGCUCACGGGGGCCCAUUUGUGGGGAUCAGGGCCUGUAUCUGGGCAGCUGGCACCCCAAACCCUCCUGCCAUCGCUUGGUCCCCACCAGGGCCGUGCCUGCAGUGUGGACCCCGCGCUCUCCACCAAGCCAGGAACAUCCAGCGUGGUUUGGGGAGCAGCCAGAUGCUUCACCACCUGCACCUUCCUCCUUGUCCAGCUGCCACGGGGCAAAUAAUUUGCCUUUUACAGAAUAAUGUCCCAGUAGUGGUGAGGGAGUGGGUGGGAGCAGGGUGGGCUGGGACAAGCAUCCCCGUUCUGGUGGGGAGCAGGACUGAGGACUUGUUCAUUUUCGAACAGGGUCGGGGCGAGGCGGGAACACUCAGUCGCUACCGUGCAUGUUUUGUUGCUCAUACAAUCACCGCUGUGUUGGGAGGAGGAGUCGGCACCGCUCCACCUCCUCCUCCUCCUCCGGGAGAGCUCGCCCGGGGCCUCCGGACUCCACUGAACCACUCUCAGCCUGUCCAGGAGAUUUGAGGCUAAGGAAGAAGGAACAAGGCCAAAUAUUUGGCUUAAACAUGGUUUUAGAUCUCAGCAGCCGGUUUGUGGUUUUAAUGCUGACCCUGUGCAUUCAGGGAGAAAAGAUGGAGUCCCACGUUCUUCAGGUGUCCUGAGGGACAUUGUCAUGUGGCUGCCACCAAACAUGUCCCCAUCUCCUCAGCUCACUGCAUCUGAGGCCAGCGAGGACCCAUCGCCACUUGCGCUCCACAACGAGCACCUUGGGGCACAACCCCAGCUUUUAAAUAAUACUAAUAACAAUAAUAAUAACCUGGAGACCUUCUCAUGUAAUAUAAGUUCACGGGGCCUUUUUCUGGGAGGAAACAUACGUGACUGAAUGUAUAUGUACAUACAUUUGCUUCCUUUCCCCCCUCCCCAAAUAAACAGACCUUGGUAACUCA